CGACGGGCAGUUGGAUGAGUGGUGGGUCUGUAGUAGAGCAGAGGCAGCCAGUAACGGAUAUCCAAAAUCCUGGAAUGCGUGGUGAAGCUUUGUAGCUUUGAAACAAACCACAGCCUCAAGUGUUUUCUUUAGGAAUUAGGACUGAGACUGACUUUCUUUUUCUUUCUGAUUCGGAGCUCUCAGAAGCAAAGGAAUUGAGUCCAAGGAAUUCAGAAAUGACAGUAGCACCUUCGCUUUCCCGCCUCCAUUCUCCAUUUCUGUAUUGUCCUCUCAAGCCAACUCCAUCUACCUCUUUAUCAGUCACAUUCUCUGGAAAUCAACGAUCGCCACCAUCAUAUCCACGCAUCAGAGCAAUAGAUCUUGACCAAAACACGGUGGUGGCACUUUCAGUUGGGCUGGUGAGUGUUGCAAUUGGAAUAGGUAUUCCCGUCUUCUACGAAACCCAAAUUGAUAAUGCUGCAAAGCGUGAAAAUACUCAGCCCUGCUUUCCCUGCAGUGGUUCAGGAGCACAGAGAUGCAGAUUUUGCAUGGGAACUGGCAAUGUGACCGUAGAACUUGGUGGAGAUGACAAAGAAGUCUCCCGGUGUAUUAACUGUGAUGGUGUUGGCACAUUGACAUGUACUACAUGUCAGGGCUCUGGAAUUCAACCUCGAUACCUAGAUCGCAGAGAAUUUAAAGAUGAUGAUUGAACCCCUGCAGAACCAAACCCGGCAACAUCACCAAUUCCGAUUUUGUGUUUAAUUUGAUGGCUUGAACCUUGUUAGUUCCAUCGAAUUGAAGAGCUGGGUAACUUCUACCUAGCACUUCUUUUUGGUAACAUGCAUUCUUCUAAUGUAUAUCUGUGGUUAAUAAUACAAACAUUGUAAAAGGAGAGAAGAAUUAACUGUACUAUCCCAAGAUUAUGAAUUCAUCUCUAUUCACUGUCAGUGAAAUCAGAAAUGGGGGAUCAAACGCAAUCUGAUAAUCACAAGCACUUCUUUUUGGUA